UAGAUUAUCCAUUGAUUAUUAGCGAAUUGACCAUGCCUGUAGUACCAGGAACCAUUAUUAGAACACAGUGUUUCCGUCCGGGUUGUUUUUGUUGUUGCACGCGAAACAAACUUGACAAUCCUCACGUGAAAUGUCUGACUGGUGUCCGAUAGCGAAGGAGUACGACCCGCUGAAAGCUGGCAGCAUCGACGGGACGGAUGUGGAGCCUCAUGACCGAGCCGUAUGGAGGGCUAUGUGUGCCCGCUACAAGCCCAACAAAGGCGUCCAGGGAGACCCGCUUCUCACGCUGGUCGUGGCCCGCUUGAACCCCCAGACGACCGAGGAUAAACUGCACGACGUUUUCUCAAAGUACGGAGACAUUAAGCGGCUCCGGCUGGUCCGGGACAUCGUGACGGGCUUUUCCAAAAGGUACGCCUUCAUUGAGUACAAGGAGGAGCGGUCCCUGAUUCGGGCCCGCCGGGACGCUAACAAGCUGGUGGUGGACCAGCAUGAGGUGUUCGUGGACUUCGAGCAGGAGAGGACCCUGAAGGGUUGGGUACCGCGGCGGCUUGGCGGCGGGCUGGGUGGCAAAAAGGAGUCCGGCCAGCUGCGGUUCGGAGGCAGUGACAGGCCUUUCCGUAAGCCCAUUAACUUCGGGACCGGAGCCGCGCGGGAGCGGGACGGUGAUGGGGGCAGAGGCGGGGACUGGCACGGAUCGAGAGGACGGGAGGAUCGGUACCGACCGAGAGAGGCCGACCGGGGCUUCAGAGACAGGAGGGACUACAGGGACCGAGAGAGGGACGACCGCAGACACAGAGACCGGAGAUGAGGAGGAGGAGGAGGAGGAGGAGGAACACUGAACAAAACUGCUGCAUGGACAGCACUGACAAACUCUGGAUUGUCAGUUUCAUUGGCUUUUUCAGAUUUUACUGAAAUAUAAAUGAAACGUUCAAUUUAAAAAUCUCUGCAUUUCUUAAUCAGCCUACAUGUUUUAUAAUUCCAGCUGUAAAACAGUGGCUCUAAACCUUUUUUAUCUGUGUUGAAGAUUGGUGACUCUAAACAGAAGCAGACUCAACAACAAUUAGAACAAUAUUAWUCAAUAGUUUUAUUCCCUGUAAGUUAAGACAAAUAUGCUCCUUGAGACCUGUUUGUAAUUUAAUUAAAAUGAUCUCAUCCCCAGAUUUAUGUUCUAGAUGUCAACUGAGCAGCUGGUGACAACUUCACAAUUCUGACAAAUAUUUUAAAGUAACAAGCUUUAUUUAAAACUAUCAGGUUUUAAUACAUGGUUCUGAMGAUCAAAUUACAAUGGCAGAUAAUACCCCAACAGUUGUCUAKAAUAUAACAAAAUAAUAGUGUUUGACAACCAAUAAAAUGUUCCAGUCAAUUAAAA